UUGUCCUUUUGCAUAUUUUAUUGAACUAUUAAGCUCAUCCAUGACUCAAGCAUCUUUCUCCUAUUUUAACUGCAUCAACAUGUGCUUCCUAAUGUAUCCUCUUCUCAAAAAAAUUAGAAACAGAACAAACAAAAAGAAGAAAGAACGAAUGUCCCAAAUUCCAAGUGCUCUUCAUCUCCACCCUGGCAUUGGCAACCUUGUCCCAACCGUUGAAUUUGGCCAGCGUCUAAUCAAUCAUGACCGUCGAUUCUCCUCCAACCGUAACCCCGGUCCGGUUCAAUGGCACCCACAGCGAGACCAACAACAUAGCAUCAUGAAAUGGCUCGAUGGUCAGCCGCCGUCCUCGGGUGGUGUUCUUGUGCUUUCGGGGAGUUAUGGGAAGUCUCGGUGGAGACCAGUUUUGCGAGAAAUAGCGUUUUUGCGGUGGGUCCCACAAGUUAAAAUCUUGGCUCAUGAAGCGAUUGGAGGAUUUGUAUCGCACUGUGGGUGGAAUUCAAUACUUGAGAGUUUAUGGUAUGGUGUACCAAUUGCCACGUGCCAAAUAUAUGCGGAGCAAAACAAAUGAAUUGCUUUUCAAUUAGUGAAAGAGUUUGGGGAUAGAGCGGUUGAAAUUAGAUUUAGAUUUAUAGGAUUGAAGGGAAUGAUUUUGGUGUUGUCGCGGUGA